AUGGCUGACGAAAAAUUGUCUGAUGUGGCUUCUAUUUAUGUAUCAGCUUUUAGUGAAGCAGUUCAGCCUGAUAAAUGGAUGAUCAGAAUAUCAUUUUCAGAAAACAGUUACCUUGUGCUUGAACGGAUAGGAAAAGGAGCCUAUGGCACGGUUUACAGGGCCUUUGACUGUGUCAUCAGUAAAACAGUGGCUAUGAAAGCUGUUCCGUUCAGGAAUAACAUUGUAGGCAUCCCGAGCUCGGUAAUACGAGAAACCUCCCUUCUGAAGGACAUGGAACAUGAGAAUAUUGUCAGGCUGCUGGAUGUACAACAUCAUCAAAACAAAAUAUGUGUAGUUCUCGAGUAUUUGGAAUUCAAUCUAGCGGAGUUCAUGCGAAAAUUCCCAUCAACCGCUAAGGACCCACAAAUUAUAAAAUACAUUUUGCUUCAGAUUCUUCAUGGUGUUGCAUAUUGUCAUUCACAAAAAAUUAUCCAUCGGGAUUUGAAGCCACAGAAUUUGCUGAUAGAUCGGAAUAAAAUACUGAAAAUUGCCGACUUUGGACUGUCCAGGGCAGUUGAUGUCCCUCUCAAGAUAUAUACAAAAAAGGUAAUGCUGUUCCUCUCAGGCCAGUUUUCAGUAUUUGCUGUCCUUGGAAUACCUGAUUAUUUUAAUCUAAGAAUGUUCAACUGCACCUUUGGAAGAUACAAUUUCUUCAUCUUGAACAAAGAAAUAUCUUCUUGA